AAAACACAGCUGUCAAGCAAAUAAAUACAAACAUUUAUAGAAAAUUAUUGAAAAAAUUAACAAUUUAUUGGAUUUUACAAAAUAAUUAUAAAAAAAUAAACAAAAAUGACAAGACAUGCUAGAAACUGUACCGCCGGAGCUGUUUACACUUAUAAUGAAAAGAAAAAAGAUGCUGCAGAGUCCGGUUAUGGCACUAAUGCCCAACGUUUGGGUAAAGAUUCAGUAAAAUCAUUUGAUUGUUGUUCUCUUACCCUACAACCCUGUCGCAAUCCAGUGGUAACCAAAGAUGGUUACCUUUUUGACAAGGAGGCUAUACUCCAGUAUAUAAUAACCAAGAAAAAUGAAUACAGCCGCAAAUUGAAGGAAUAUGAACGUUUAAAGAAAAUGGAAGAGAAUGAUGUCACCCAGGAACUCAAUCGCAAGCAGCAGGAAUGUGUAGAACAGUUUGUUAAGUCUGGUAAACCGGUAAAUGGUACAGUAGAAAAGCCCUCCACAUCACGUGAAGCCAAAGACGAAAGUUCUAUAUCGAAUAUGGCUAAUGGUCAUGAAAAGAAAUUGCCUAGCUUUUGGUUACCUUCAGAGUGUCCCAAUGCUGGUUUGGCAAAAGCUAAAAAGCCUGAUCCUACCAUAUAUUGUCCGGUUUCUCAAAAGGUUUUAAAGGCUAAAGAUUUAAUUGAUGUUAAAUUUACUUUGGUUAAGGAUGGUGACACCAAAAAAUCGUUAAUUGCCAAGGAGGCCAGGUAUAUGUGCCCGGUAACGCAUGAUAUAUUGAGUAAUGCUGUGCCCUGUGCUGUUUUAAGGCCAACCGGCGAUGUUGUUACCAUGGAAUGUGUGGAAAAAUUAAUCAAAAAGGACAUGAUACAUCCUUUAACCAGUCAGAAGUUAAAGGAAAAAGACAUAAUACCACUACAAAGGGGAGGCACAGGUUAUGCUUUGACCAAUGAAAAUUUGGAGGGCAAGGAGAAAAGACCCAUGUUGCAAGCCUAAAUUAGGUUUCCGUUUUAUUACUUUAAUAAAGUUUUACAUAAAAGAAAUAGUAAUAAAACAAAAUUUUGACCCAUUUGUUGCUAAAGAUAACAUAAA